GUUCACAUUUCUAAUUUUUCUUUCUUUCAUUCUAGAUUUUUUCAUCUUGCUAAGGAGAAACAAUCUCCUGUUUAGUAUAGCUGGUGUAUCAUGCAAAAAGCCAGCCCUCAAAAAGAUGGGAAUGCUGAGGCCCUGUGAGUGAAGGACUUGCCUGGGAGAAUGAAUUAAAGAAUUCCUUUCUGCGGUGUUGUUACCCUUGGACUGCACUGUGGCUUUGUUUCUGUAAAGCCAUGACAUCAUCUCCAUCAGGAGUAUGACUUUUCAAGGUAGGGUGGGGCAGCUUGAAGCUUUGCUCAGAUACGUAAAAGGAUUCUUAAAACAGUUUAGCUGCUCUACAAACCAUUACCAUCUGUCCUUAGAACCUGUAGCCCUGUCUGAAAGCAAUAGACUGGAAAGAUGGUAGAAAGCACAAAUAUGGCCGCCCAUCAGAGCCCACAUCCCAGUUCCAAGGUCACUUCACCUGGGACAAAUACCUAAAAGAAACAUGUUCCAUCCCAGCGCCUGCCCAUUGCUUCAAGCAGUCCUACACUCCCCCAAGCAACGAGUUCAAGAUCAGCAUGAAGUUGGAAGCUCAGGACCCAAGAAACACCACCUCCACCUGCAUUGCCACAGUGGUUGGGCUGACGGGGGCUCGACUCCGACUUCGCCUGGAUGGCAGUGACAAUAAGAAUGACUUCUGGAGACUAGUUGACUCAGCUGAAAUCCAGCCCAUUGGUAACUGUGAGAAGAAUGGAGGGAUGCUUCAGCCUCCCCUGGGAUUUCGACUGAAUGCUUCCUCCUGGCCUAUGUUCCUCUUGAAGACGCUAAAUGGAGCAGAGAUGGCUCCUGUCCGGAUUUUCCACAAGGAACCACCAUCUCCCUCUCACAACUUCUUUAAGUUGGGAAUGAAACUUGAAGCUGUGGAUAGAAAGAACCCACAUUUCAUCUGUCCAGCCACCAUUGGGGAAGUCCGAGGCUCUGAGGUCCUUGUCACGUUUGAUGGGUGGCGGGGUGCCUUCGACUACUGGUGUCGCUAUGACUCCAGGGACAUCUUUCCCGUGGGCUGGUGCUCUCUGACAGGAGAUAACCUACAGCCCCCUGGCACAAAAGUUGUGAUUCCAAAGAACCCUUUUCCCACCUCUGACGCGAGUGCUGAGAAACCCAGCAUGCACAGUGGCACCAAAGCUGUCUUGGGGCAUCAGCCAGGGCAAAGGGGCCGCAAACCAGGCAAGAAGCGAGGCCGAACACCUAAGACUCUGAUUCACCACCCCAUCUCCACCCCAUCCAAGUCAGUGGAACCUUUGAAAUUCCCAAAGAAGAGGGGACCUAAACCCGGCAGUAAGCGAAAACCUCGGACUUUAUUAAACCCAGCACCCACCUCGCCAACCACCAGUACCCCUGAACCAGACACCAGCACUGUGCCCCAGGACGCUGCUACUAUCCCCAGCUCGGCAAUGCAGGCCCCCACAGUUUGCAUCUACUUGAACAAGAAUGGCAGCACUGGUCCCCACUUGGACAAAAAGAAGGUCCAGCAGCUGCCUGACCACUUUGGGCCAGCGAGGGCCUCAGUGGUCCUGCAGCAGGCAGUACAGGCCUGUAUUGACUGUGCUUACCACCAGAAGACUGUCUUCAGCUUCCUCAAGCAAGGCCACGGCGGGGAGGUCAUCUCAGCUGUGUUUGACCGGGAGCAGCAUACCCUCAACCUGCCAGCGGUCAACAGCAUUACCUUCGUCCUUCGCUUCCUGGAGAAGCUGUGCCGAAACCUCCGCAGUAGCAACCUGUUCGGCAACCAGCCCUUCACGCAGAAUCACAUGCAGCUGUCCACCACUGAGUACGACCACGACAGGUACCUACCAGGUUCUGAUCGCUAUCUGGGAUCCCGAGACCCAUCACGAUCGAGCAGCCGGGACCCCUCCUCUUGGACGGUAGAAGAUGUGAUGAAGUUUGUCAGAGAUGCUGAUCCUCAGCUGGGACCCCAUGCUGACCUCUUUCGAAAACAUGAGAUCGACGGGAAGGCCCUGCUCCUCCUCCGGAGCGAUAUGAUGAUGAAGUACAUGGGUCUAAAGCUGGGUCCAGCGCUGAAGCUCACCUACCACAUUGACAGACUAAAGCAAGGGAAGUUCUGAGGAACUCCUGGAGAAGGAUAUCUGUCCCAUCUGCCUAGCCCCAGAGGCCCAGCUCACACCUACUUGAGGCCUCCAUGGCUCAGUGCAGCCCAGCACAAUGCAGCACCAUUCUGGGGGCCUCCAAGUCAAGCAGGCACCCCUCCCUGCCCCUGUAUGCACGCACGCACGCACGCACACCUCCGGACCCCUGCCCAGCACCCAGCAGGUUCCUGGAAAAACAGGCCCUGCCCCUGGCCCUGAAUGGGGCUGUCCAACAAUGAAGAUGAAUUAAUGGUCUUGCUCAUGGGCAGCUCCCGGUGAAGAUUGCAGAGCCAUCCCAUUUCUGUGCUGGUGGAAGACUCCAGAGGGGAAUACAUUGGAUGGCUGGUUUGGCCACCUGGAUUCUUUAUUCCCAGAUCAGGAAUGCUUGACCUGGCUUCCUUCCUUCAAGCUGGCUUUGUUCUCAUGCCUCUUCUUGGCUGGUUGUCUUUGCAGAGGGCUAUGAGACUCCAGGAGGCUGUUUGAGGAGCAGUCUCCUUCCUUUUUCUUCCCUCCCCUCCCCACACUGACCAGUCCUCCCCUGUUUCCCCCUUCCCUCAUUGAGGCUGGUCACUCUGAAAUGUGUGCUUUUCCCUCCAAUGACAUGCCCUUCCAUGAAGGGCCAAGGAGAGGAGAAGGAACUGCCCAUUAGCCUGCUAUACCCAUCCCUCUGGAGGGGCAGGGGAGUUUGCUACCUUCUCAUCCAGGGCUGGUGCUGCUCUUCCUCCUUCCCCAAAGCUGCUGGCCCCCCAACCCUUCCCUGCAGGGAGAGGGUGCUUGGAGCUGGCAAAGCAACAUGAUUCAGAGGCCCACAUCCCUUUGUAUUUAUUCUGGGUGCUGUGGCCUUGCAUGAAGGGAAUGGACUGAGCCCCUGAAAAAGGAGCUGAGACCAGGCACUUACACACUGUGGGUAUUGCUUUAAGAACAAGAGUACAAGGCCUUGUGGUGGUGUUAGCCAGCUCCACUGCCAGUAGCCCUACCCUGAUAGGUGCAGACUUUGGGAGUUUUCUAUCAAGUUAGCAGCAUGGCCCCAUCCUACAAUGUCACAUGGGGACUCUGGCCACCUCCUCCCCAGUGCACCACAUCCUUCCCCCAGCUACAUACUCCCAACUAAUGGUGCAAAUGUUUUCUUUUUGUAAGAGUCUUUUCUAUUGUUAUUUAUUUUUUUCCAGCACCUGUGCAGUGAUCCACAGCUCACAUCCAUUCCAACCUAGAGGCUGGGAAGUAGGCAGGAGAAGGAGUGAGACUGCCAAUAAUCUCCCCCGCUCUUUCCCCCCUCCUUCCUCCCUCAGCCCUGGAAGGUCUUAGCCCCUUUCCAGAGGACUCAGAAGGUUAAAUACUCUUCUUCUGGAGGGACUGGAAAGCUGACCAUAGCCCCCAGAGGGUCCUGUAGAAGAGGUUUGAAAGUAACCCUGGGGUCUACCUCCCUAGUCAGUAGAGAGGACCAUUCCCAGCACCUUCCACCUUUCUACCUUCAGUCCUGAUUUCUCUUUUACUUAUCUGAUGAGAAAAAUCCCACAAAGAAAGAAGGGUGCCUAUGGCAUCAAGGGGUCCUGCUUCUGUAUUCCCCUCCACAUCACCCCCUGCUCCUUAGCUGCCUCCCUGGGAUUUGGACCAGAUGAUUUGUAAGAACCAAGAAAACUGAAGUGGGAAAGGGGGGCCUGGAUGGAUGUCUAGACUGAGAAGGUAAAUCCCUUCAGGUACUCCCAAGUUUGGGGGGGAUAGUUAAUGCUACCCAGCAAUGAACUUGCCUCUGGUUUGGCCAGACAGCCCUCUUUCCCCUCUCCUUCCCUCUCCCCUUUAAUUCAUCCUUCUCUCACCAUCCCCACCCCUCCAACACAAAAAAGGCAGUGUGGCUGCCAGCGUCUCAGAAGCAGACUUGCUGCCAGCAUUGGUCUCUCCCAGUCCAAGAGUUUGAUUCCACAAGCUGUCCAUUAACAUCAUUUGUCACUGGGUUAACAGAACAGAGUGCUACCCAUGGUCUCACUGAUGCUCUCACCCAGAUUCCUUUUAUGUCAAUUUGUUUAUAAAGAAGAAAUAAAAAAAAUCAAGAUUGUUGGUCUCUUAUUAAUCAUCA